GGGCCAGGACAGGGACCCCAACACCGGGGACACCGUUCUCGACUCUCCGCUCCGCCCACGGAGCCCGAUGGCAGCGGCCGCACUGAGGCGCCCGGCCGAGGUUGCUGCUGUGGAGCAGAGGAUGUGGAGGCACCUACAGAACGGAACCUUUCUAUACAAGCAUCACAGAAAAAGAAUUCCAAGAUAACUUUGUCUUUCCAGAACAGCCACCCCUGUGACAGUUGUGGGCCAGUCCUGAAAGACAUUUUCCUCUUGGUUGACCAUCAGGGAACGCAACACAGCCAGAAACUGUUGAGAUGUGGGGCAUGUAAAAAACGAUUUUAUUUCAGAGCUAAACAUCACCAGGAACAGCAAAUGAGAGAGAAGUCUUUCAUACAAGAUGAGGACAGGGCCUCGCUUGUGAAGAGCUGCAAUUUCAAUGUGUCCCGAAAACUUUUUACCUGUGGGGAGCUUGGGCAGAAUGUUUUUACCAGCUCAGGACAUAUCCAACAACAGGCUACUUACACCAAGAACAAGCCAAAUAAGAUGUCAACAUCUGAGGUGGGUUUUCAAAGGAGAAAACAUCGCACAAGGAAAGAAUGUAAGAAAGCCACUGACCGCAAACACACACUUGUUCCAGAUCAAGCUGUCCAAACUGGAAGACAGUGUUUUGUCUGCCACGAAUGUAAAAAAUGUUUUCUAGGAAUCUCUGGGCUUGAUUUUCAUCAGAAAGUUCACACAGGGGGAAAGCCAUAUAAGUGCAGUAAAUGUGGUAGAAACUUAAAACAUCACUAUUUCCAUAUUCAACAUUAUCAAGUUCACUCUGGAGAAAAGCCUUAUAGAUGUGGUGAAUGCGGGAAAUGUUUUAAACAUAGCUCAAACCUCAUUAUACACCAGAGAGUCCACACUGGAGAAAAGCCUUAUGAAUGUGACAGAUGUGGGAAAUCCUUUAGCCAAUUGGGAAGCCUCAUUCAACACCGAAGGGUUCAUACUGGAGAAAAGCCAUAUGAGUGCAAUGAAUGUGGAAAAUCUUUUACCAGAAUCUCUGGCCUUCAUCGUCAUCAGAGACUUCACACCGGAGAAAGGCCUUAUGAAUGCAGUGAAUGUGGAAAAUCUUUUAAAAGGAAAUGGCACUUUCUUUGUCAUCAGAGAAGUCACACUGGAGAAAGGCCUUAUGAGUGCAGUGAAUGUGGAAAGUGUUUUAAGAGUAAAUGUCACUUCCGUGAUCAUCAGAAACUUCACACUGGAGAAAAACCUUAUCAGUGCAGUGAAUGUGGGAAAUCUUUCAUUGUAAACUCUGCCCUCCGUCAUCAUCAGAGAGUUCACACUGGAGAAAAGCCUUACAAGUGCAAUGAAUGUGGAAAAUCUUUUACCUGGAGCUCUAGUCUUCUUUAUCAUCAGAGAGUUCACUCUGGAGAAAGGCCUUAUGAGUGCAAUGAAUGUGGGAAAUCUUUUAAUAGGAAAUACCAGUUGCGUUGUCAUCAAAGAGUUCACAGUGGACAAAGGCCUUAUGAAUGCAGUUAAGUAGAACACUUUAUACCACUAGCCGUGGCCUCUGUUACUGUCAGAGGUUUUACACUGGAGAAAAACAUUAAAAGUGCAGUGAAUAUGAGAAAUCUUUUUUCAUUAGCAUCAGAGUUCACUGUUCUCAGAAAGCUCCCAGAGGACAAAGGUCAUAUCAGUUCAGUGAAUGUGGGAAAUCUUUUUUCAGAAUCUCUGACCUUCAUUGUCAUUAGACAGUUCACACCGAAGGAAUUUUAAAAACAAAGUGUUCGCCCUUCGGUAUGUUUAUUCCUUUCAGAGAGAGUGGAAGGGAGAGGAAGACAGAGAAAAUGAUGUGAGAAAGAAAGAUUGGUUGCCUCUCCUACGUGCUCCGGUGGGGGGCUGAACCUACAGCCUGCGCACCAGGCAUGUGCCAUGACUCACUAUCAAAACACUGACCUUUUGCUUUACAUGACAACAGCCAACCAAUUGAGCAAUAAUGGUCACAAGAACCUCAAGUACUUGUGACAGCAGCCUGAAUUUUUCCCUUGUUCAUGGAGUAUGCCAAUAAUUUUGAAGGGAAUCACUUUCAAGAGUUGUUCAAAGGUUCAUGUGUUAUAACAUCAGUAAUUACAUAAGUAAGUGAUGGUCUCUUAGUUGUAUGACCAAAGAAGUUCGAUAAUCAAUAACCAUGAUUAUUACAGAAUCACCUACAUCAUAAAGAUUUGCGAAGACUGCAGCCAGCCAUGUGGAAUGUGCUGCUUCUAAUCGUGUCCAGAAAAAUUUCUGAAAAUGACUGCAGAAUCUGUGUGUACAGAAAUCUGAGGAUCUCCAGGCAUGUGUGUCUUUUGUGGUUCAAGUCAUUGUCAGUGAAAAUUAACAAUUUUAUGAAUUUAUAUACCCUCUCAGAAGUUUACCUGAAGAUCACUAAUGUCUACACAGAAAAGUCAAAGAUAAGGAAAAGUGGUAUCUAUCAUCCAGUGGUGUGGCUUUUGUGUAUCUAACAUUUCUGCUGAUUUGUUAAAGGUCAUUCAUUACUUGGCAUAUUUGCUGUAAAUAAGGCAAGAGUGACUCUGGAGGGCAUGAGAACAUGGAUCGAAUAUAGAGUUGUCAAACCUAUUUUCCAAAAUGUUGGGCAUGGAGUGGGGUUUUUUUAUGCUGAAGCAUUUUUGAAAUGUUUUAAUUAGCAUACAGUAUAUUUGAAUGAGAGUAUCAUCUGGAAUUUUACAUAUGUAUUAAGCUGAAACCCUCACCAUAAUUAUAGUACCAUAUCUGACCCUGUGUAUUUACCUCACAUGCUUUUAUAAUCUCUCUCCCUGCCCUUUACAAUUCUCUAAUUAACCAUUACUUUAUUUUUUACUUUAAUAGAUAACUUGGCAUUUCCUAGAAUUUAUAUGAUGAGAGUAGAAGUAGUUUUUGUACUUUAAUUUAUGUCGCAUAAAUACUUGAAGAUUCAUUUAUGAUAUAUUUGUAGUUCUUUUUCUUUUGGAAAUAUUCUUUGAGUUUAUCAACAUUUGUUAAUGUACAUUGGGCUAUUUCUAAGUUUUGAUGACUGAAAAUAA